AUGCCUUCUGUAGAAGGUGACGAUCAUGAUUAUAAUAUUAAUAAUGGAGAAAAAAUGAUAUUUUAUUAUGAUAUAGGUGAUAAAAAUUACUCAUAUGAUGAUGACAAUAACUAUGGAUGGAAUGAUGAUCAGCAACAACAACAAAUCGAACUAUCAGAAAAUGAUGUUGAUGGUAUCGAUCAAGGGUGGGUUAUGUUGAACGACAUUAAUAGUGAAUGGAUUGAUGUCGAUGACAUUGACCACGAGUGGUUUGAUGUCAUUAACGAUGUAAAUAAUGAGUAA